GCCGGUGGCCUCCAGGCUGCGGACCGGGAUGCGCGGCUCGGGGUGCGCGGGCCACGGCGGCGGCCUGCCCAGGUACAACUAUGGAAGAACUGGAAAGGCUCAACAAAGAAAUUGAAUCUGUCAAGACUGAAGUUGAAGAAAAGCAGGAGAGGUUCUCCAAGUUAACUUUAACACUUGAAGAACUAUCUCAAAGCCACAUCGCCUCCCGGAGUGACAAAAAUAUGAGGCAAGAUGUUCUUGAAUAUAAUAGCCUACUUCCAAAGCAGAAGUGGAAUGAACCAUCAAAGAACGAAGAGAGUCAGCCUAGAAAGUAUGUGCUGGACCACAAAUGUCUGGCAACGGAUCUAGAAUAUGAUCCCUUGCUGAAUUAUUCUGCAGGGCUGCUUGGGGCAUCGAAAGCAGGGCAAGAUAAGACUGAUACACGACACCUCUGCACCUGGAAAAAAUCUGUGGGUGAAAAUUGCCACAAGCCCCAGGAGAGCCAAAGACCUUAUGUUUCACCAAUAAGAAUUAUGAUAAAUCUUCAAGAAUCUGAUGAAGAUGACCUUGUAAUGGAUGUACCUCCAAUCAUGCCUAUUGCUAAGAAAUCUAAACCAUUGAGAGGCUUCAAAUAUCAGAAUAUAGACGAAAGGAUACAUAUAAUGUCCUCAGAGGAGAGAAAUCUUCAAAUAAGUGGCACCGAAGAGGAAAAAAUAGAUAAAACCCAACCAACCACACUGAUAGAUGAUGAUGGUAACAAAUCAGAACCACCAAAAUUGCUCAUGCAAAACUCCCUAGUUAAAAAAAGUAACAUAAACUUGUAUGGUGUUAAAAACCACAUGUCUGAGAUGGGAAGCUUUGGUGGUGAGAGAAACUAUGUCUGUAUUUCAGAAGAAAGUAUAUCUUGUGCACCUCUCAGUGACAGAGAAAUACGGAACAGAAUCCAUGAUGAUAAUUACCCACAGAGUAAAAAAUACAUAAAAACAAUUUAUGAUUCUCAGAAUGAAGAAAGUGAAUGUCGUUACUCAAGCCAGCCCCAAAUCUCUUCCCCGGAUGAGCAUGCGGAAGACAAAGUGCUGAGAGAACAAGAUGAUAGUCAAGACUUCACUACUUUUGAAGACCACAAGUUAGUCGAAUUUGAUUUUGAUAAGGAACAUACUGAAGAGGACACUCCCUCUGAUUAUGACGACACGAUGAAGGAAUGUCUACAGAUUUUCACUGAGUUCACAGAAAGUGAAGCUUGUAGAGAGACUACUAAACAGGCUUCAGGAAAGCAAAUGGAAUUAGAGAUGUUGUAUUGUCAAAACACUUCUGGACCAAAAAGGAGAAUUGCACAUAUUGCCAAGUUUGAUGUUCCAACCAGUAAGGAGAUCAUUAGCCCAUUCAGGGAGCCAGUUCCACCACUAAUUAGUCAUCCUGGAAUCCCUCAGGCCCAGCAACAGGCAGUGCAGAUAAUGGCUGACAUCAGGAGUAAGCAGGCUUUUCUUGCUGCCGGGUCAGAACAAAAUAAAACCAUAUUUGCAUAUCCGAUCUCUCAGGCCCAAAGGAAAGCCUCAGGAGAAAAUUUGCUUAUAUCAAGUGGCCUUCAUGUGGAUGUUGUUCUGUCAAGGGAAAAGCCAACUGCAAAGCUAGGCAGAGCACACAUUCCUGUGAAAAGUAUUGCUUCUAUUCCUAUAAAGAUGCCAAAAUACAGGGUGGCUCAUCGCAAGCGGGCUUUGGUCACACCAGAAUCCUCUUCCAAAGUCCCUGAGGAAGUGAGACAACACUAUGUCAAUCUCUUUGUUGAGAAGUAUUUGAGAGUUUAUAAAACAGAGGAUGAGGCUCUUCACAAGGCUAAAAUAGAAGAAAAGACCAUUUAUGAACGCUGUGGCAGUAGAAAUAUGUAUGUGAACAUAGCAAUAAAUACUCUUAAGAAGCUGAGACAUCAAGAUAUGUCUGGAAGCAGGAACAACAGCAAAACAACUGGAUUGAAAAAGAAUGAAAAGAAUAGUGCCCUCACAGGAAUUACUCUCUACAGACAUCUGAAAGACUAUCUUCUAAGCAAAGAACAGUUACAUGAAAAUAAUUAUCCCCAACCCAACCCUGAGAAACCAGGAAGUAUUCUUUUAACCACAGGCAUGACGAAAGCUCUUGUAAAUGACACUUCAAGGAAGAUAUGCUGUCGUUGUGGGAAAAUAUAUGGUGUGACAUCCACGGGCAAACACUGCAGGGUAGAAGAAUGUAACUACCACUUCGGCCCUGUGCUGAGUCAUAAAGUCCUUGGUGGCUUAGAAACACGGUACAGCUGUUGUGGAGGUGUCCUUGGAUCUGCUGGGUGUCAGGUCGCCAAGCUUCACGUUCAUGACCAAAAAGAAAACAUCAAGGGAUUCGUGAAGACUUUUGUCAAGUCCCCUCCUCCUGAUGGCAAUCCCGGCGUAUUUGCUGUGAAUUGUGAGGUGUGCUAUACAGCCAAAGGUUUGGAACUUACUCAAGUGACAGUGGUUGAUCCCAGCCUCCAGGUGGUCUACGAUACAUUUGUGAAACCAGAUGAUGAAGUCAUUGACUAUAACACCAGGUUGUCUGGUGUGGUGGAAGAUGACUUGAAGAACACUAAAACAUCAAUCCGUGACGUCCAAGCCAUCCUGUUGAACCUGUUCAGUGCUGACACUGUACUAAUUGGACAUAGCUUUGAACAUAGUCUGUAUGCUCUUAAGUUAAUUCAUUCUUCAGUUGUGGACACGACAAUUCUGUUUCCUCAUCGGCUAGGCUUGCCUCACAAAAGAUCCCUCAAGAGUCUAGUAGCUGACUACCUGCAGAGAAUCAUUCAGGAUGAUGGAUGGAGAACCCUAAAACCUCUGCUUAUGUUAAAAGCACUGUGUGCCAAUGUCCACUGCCUGGUGUAGUCCUGGAUCUUCCACAGGCAUCAGACUAGCAAUUACAUAGAGAAUGAUGGCCAGAUCAUUGUUCGGCAAGUUGCCUGGCCUUUGAGCUCGUGUAUAAAACUUCAGUUGGUGUGGAGAUCUAAUUCCAGUCUAAAUUUUCUUGAGUACCUCUUUCAUAUGUGCUUUUCAUUAAAUGAGAUUCUAAAAUUCACUGGGUUCAUGUUAUCUCACAGUAAAUUGUGUGUGUAUGUUAGAAGCAGUAUAGUUCAAAUUCAAUGGAUUCAUCAUAUGUGGACUUGAUGUAUACUGACUGGUUUGUGUAUCUUGCUCUCAGAACAUUUUUUGUUUUUGUUUUUGUUUUUUUUCCUGAUGAAAUACACCCAACAUUAAACAAGUGAAUCAAGUACAACAACUAGAAUUACCAACUACCCUGUCAGUGGCAUGGCCAUAUGCACAGUGAGCAGUGUCUGCCUUGGAAUGGAGGCCAGUUACUCUAUACAUUUGUGCCUAUCCAUAUAGGCUCCUCGUUUGCACAAUACAGAAUUCUAAGAAAAUUCUGAGUAUUGAGUAUGUUAAAAUUUAUGUUAUAAUGCUAUGUUUCUAAAGAUUACCUAAGAUAUGGGAAGGCCGUCUGAUCCUGUCAUUAAUUGUGCAAAAUACUGACUGUACCCUGCAGUCUUUACUCUUUCAUUCUUUGUCUGUUAGACGCUAAUGCUGUCUCACAGUGGGUCUUUAUCUGCUUUGCUAAAAAUAUUCACAUCUCAAAAAAUUCCUACAGAAUUCUAUUAUAAAAUGUAAUGUGUUCUAUUGAAGACCAUCUUGAACCUUAGACAUGAAAAUAUUUCACUUAAUAAAAAACAGCUUCUAUAAACAUAGAAUACCCCAUUUUUUCAGAAUAAUACAAGAAAGGAAAAAUGCCAUACCAUUUUAGAUGUGUUGAUCAUUGAUUUUUCUUAUCUAAUCUCAUAUAUAUUAUUCUCAUCAGAACCAUAGGCUUUAUAUUUUGGGUAAAUUUCAUCCACUUUAAAAAAUCAUGUCAUUUUGUAUCUAAGGUCAUUCUUUGUGUAGAGAGUUGUACUUUUUCUAGCACUCUCUAUUUUUGGCUUUUUGCCAGAUCUCAUUUACUAAUACCUGCCACUUUGUUGUUCUCUCUGGAAAAGAGGUACAUGGAGAAGGUAACAAUGUACUAUCUUGUCACAGCAAAGAAGUGACAAUGUGAGGAGAGGCUACAUAACAAAAGAGAUGUUUGCUAAUCUAGAUUUCUGUAUAAUAUUUAUAAAGCAAUCAAAAUCAUGUUUUACUAAGUGACCAGUGUUAAUUUUUUAUAAACAUGAACUCAAAGCUUCGUUUUGAGAACAGCUAUGGGUAGUAUCAUGGAUACAGUCAUUGUAUGUCUAACACAUUGU